AUGGCAACAACUUCGCAGGAGCAGACGCUCGCGUCUUUCAAGGGCUUCCUGACAUCCGGCGCAUAUUCUGAUCUCAUCGUCACAUGUGGUGGAGAUACUUAUGAGGUCCACAAGGUCAUUGUAUGCGGCAGAGCAGAGUUCUUCGCGCGCGCCAUGAAGUUCGGCGGUCAGGAGGCGCAGACCGGAACCAUCAACCUCCCAGACAACGAGACAGAGAUUAUAAAGCUUCUCAUGCACUAUCUGUACGGAGGAGAGUACAUCCCGACUUUGCCUGUAGAUGGCGUCAAGGACACAGUGUCAACACCACUACGUACGCGUUCGGAGAACGAUCCCAGCAGCGGUCAAAGGUACACCUACGACUUUCCGCACCGGUGUUACUACAAUGGAAAUCACUGCGAGGCCCCCUAUAUCUGCCCACAUCACAUUUGUCAGUGGAGUGGUGGCAGUGGCAGUGGCAAAACUUCAUGCAACUACGGGUGCACCAUGUUCACUUGCAAGGAGUGUAAUACGCCGGCUCUGCCUCAGCUCAACGGUACAGCUGAGCAACUGCUUGUUCACGCCAAGAUGUAUGAGAUCGGCGAUAAGUACGAGGUUGCUGGACUCAAGGAUCUUGCCAAGGAGAAGUUCAGCCGCGCCUGCAAGCACUUCUGGAACACCCCGGACUUUGCAGUCGCUGCGGACCACGCCUUCUCAACGACCGUCGAAGACGAUACAGGUUUACGAGCCAUCGUGAGUGCCACGAUAUCGGACCAUAUUGAGCUCGUCAACGAUCCUGCAGUGAGCGUGUUGAUGACCCAAUUCAAUGGCUUGGCAUUGGACAUUCUGCAGGCGAAAGUCAAGGAGUACGGGUGGGCCAACUAGGAAACCCUAGCCGAAGCAUCACUGAACACCUCGAUCGUUGGUGAUUUGGGAGACGAGCUUUUUGAAGGAUAUUUGGUUUCGAAGAUCUUGGACUGAGUCGUGCGCAGGGCCGAAUGAAAUGAGCCAACAUUACCGUAUCCAUUGAAUUUGCA